UAUCCCCUGAACCCCUGAAAAGAGGUCGGAAUGGAAAUACUCUAAGUGAAAAAUAUGCCUCACAAAAUGACCUCUGCUUACUUCAUGAGCAGGACACCGCGCCCUGGUGUUUACCCAACCUAAAAGUGCCUGGGAGGCCGACCAGGCCGACAAAAGCCCCAUUCACCGGUAACAAGAACCCGGGCCAAUAACGCUGCCUGCCACGUCAAAUGUUUGAGCAUACAGCAACUAGUGGUGCAAAUGUUUUUAGACUGUUUGAGGAAGUCAGGUAUUGGAGCACAAUACAGGAAGAAGCUCAUUGUAUUAUAGUCAAACAAUAUGACCUAUUGUUAUUUGCACUCCUUAACUGUAAGUAGGAUAUUUAAGGUGUGUCUGCAGGCUGCAGUGAGUUCUGCCCUCUAGAGCUGCAUUUCCUGAAGACGUUUUUUUCCGGACAGAGUGGUUGUGUGAGAGAUUUUUUUUUUAACAUUGGGUGGAAAUGACUUCAGGAUGAUGGGAGCAGGGGCAAAUGUGGUGCAAAUGUUUUAGACUCUGUUGGAGGAAGUCAGGUAUUGGACAACAAUACAGGAAAAAGCUCAUGGUGUUCUAGUCAAACAACACUCCUUAACUGAAAGUAGGACAUUGAUAAGGUGUGUCUGCAGGGUCCAAUGAGUUCUGCCCUCUGGAGCUGCAUUUCCUGUGGACGUUUUUUCUUGGACAAAGUGGACAAAGUGUGUGUGAGAGAGGUUUUUUUUGGACAUAACUGCAGGAUGAUUGGAACAGGGUCUUAUUGGAGAGCUCGGACGCACAGGCGCUCCCGGUGGUCCCAGCAGGACUCGUGCUGUGUGGGCCUGCUGGUUCUCAGAGUGACCUCCACCUGUGUGUACGUGGCCGUGGUCGGUUUCCUGCUCUUUCUGGGUUUCUACCUGCUGGACUCACCGGAUCCGGACCCACCACCUGCAGACUCUGACUCCGUGGUGACCCUCUUGGUGUGGACGCAUCCGUUCGGUCAGUACCGUAAACUCCCGGACUGCCUUAAACUCUACCACAUCGACGGGUGCGCGCUCACCGACGACGAGCGCUCGUACCCACGUGCCGACGCGGUGCUCAUCCACCACCGGGACUUGGUCACCGGAGCCGCGGAUCUGCCACCGGAACCGCGUCCAAAUGCGCAAAAGUGGAUAUGGAUGAACUACGAGUCUCCUGCGCACACGACGGAGAUGUGGCGCUUUGAGGACGUCUUCAACCUCACCAUGACGUACCGGACAGACUCUGAUGUGUUCCUACCGUACGGGUAUCUGGUCCCACGUGGUGGACUCAGCAGAACCCAGCAGAACCCGCGACGACCACACCUCCUGGCCUGGGUCGUCAGCAACUGGUCCGAGUCACACACACGUGUUGUUUUCUACCACGAGCUCCGCCGGUACAUCCCGGUGGAUGUGUUCGGUAGAGCGGGUCAGCCGAUACCGGAGGAUUCUGGUACCGGCGUUCAGGUGCGCAAGCUGCUCCACCGGUACCAGUUCUACCUGUCUCUGGAGAACUCGCAGCACACCGACUACAUCACGGAGAAGCUGUGGAACGCGCUGCAGGCCGGCUCGGUUCCGGUGGUCCUCGGUCCGUCCAGGCAGAACUACGAGCGGUUCUUACCACCGGAGGCCUUCAUCCACGUGGACGACUUCUCCACGGUGCGAGGCCUGGCCCGGUACCUGCUGAUGCUGAGGAGGAACCCGGUGCGGUUCAGGAGGCACCUGGACUGGAAGAGGAGAUACAGAGUCCACCAGACCUCCUUCUGGACUGAGCACUACUGCACGGCCUGCAGGGCGGUGAGGAGGACCAGAGGCAGGACAGAUGUGGUCCAAGAUCUGACACGAUGGUUUCGCUCGUGAGAAACGCACCUGAGUGAAUCACACAAAAAGGCCAAGGAGAAGGAGGCAGGAGGCUCCAACGUCUCAAUAUUAUGUUUGAGCUGAACCAGAUCCAGGAGUUCAAAGAGGCUUUCACCAUCAUUGAUAAGAGUGACCUGAGUGACCUCUGCUGCUCUGGGUCACCUUAAAGUUGGUGAUGAUGACCUCGAUGAGAUGACGACGGAGUGUUCAGGACCCCUCAACUCGGAGAAAAUGUCAAAGGUAAAUCAGAUGUUUACAAAGUUGGAUGUCGCCGGUAACCUUGACUACAAGAACCUGUGUUAUGUGAUCACCCACGAAGAGGACAAAGAGCGGGAGUAAAAGGAGGAGAAGAGACAGGAGGAUGAAAAGAAAAGGAAGAGGAGGAGCAGUAAAUAGUCUCCCCACGCUGUGAGGCUGCGGUGUAUACAGUACGUGUGUAAAUGUAAUUAUGUGCAAUAAAGUGGCGACUCUACGA